AGUAUAACUUAUGUAAUAUUUAUGAACUUCAUGCAAAUCGAUGUCUAAAUUUACAUUUGGCUCCUAUAAUAUACGUCCGGCGCCCGAGAAUAAAUUUAAAGCAAAUGAUGUGAAAAAGCAUAUUAAAUAUAAACUCAAUGAAGAACUUCGUGAUAAGGAAUACAAUGAGAAAGAGUUACCAAUUCUUACAAACCAUUUGACAAGCGUUUUGUUACAAUAUCUCAAGGACUUAAAUCUAGAAAAAUACAAAUUUAUGGUGUCCGUGAUUAUCGCUGAGCAAAGGGGUCAGGGAUUAAAAAUGACGAGUGAAUGCUAUUGGGAUAGCGAUACUGAUUAUUAUGUCACUGAAACCAUUGUAACAGACUCAUUGAGAUGUGACAUUUUUAAGUAA